UCAUCAGUGCGACAGUUUCUCUAGGGGAAAAAAGAAGCGAUUCUGGCUGAUUCAUUGUAGCAGUCUGGUUUGUUUCAGCUACGGACAGAAAAACAAAGUCCUCUGAACACCGCACAGGUCUGACAGCAGUUAACAGAUCUCAGUAUGGACCGGCUGCUGAGGCUCGGAGGUGGAAUGCCAGGUCUUGGCCAGGGCCCCCCAACAGAUGCACCUGCUGUGGAUACAGCAGAGCAGGUGUACAUCUCUUCUCUUGCCCUGCUCAAGAUGUUGAAACAUGGCCGUGCUGGUGUACCAAUGGAGGUCAUGGGAUUGAUGCUGGGAGAAUUUGUUGAUGACUACACAGUGCGAGUGAUUGAUGUGUUUGCCAUGCCCCAGUCAGGAACAGGUGUGAGUGUCGAAGCAGUGGAUCCUGUGUUUCAGGCCAAGAUGUUAGACAUGCUGAAGCAGACCGGCAGACCAGAGAUGGUGGUGGGAUGGUACCACAGCCACCCUGGUUUUGGCUGUUGGCUGUCUGGUGUGGACAUCAACACGCAGCAGAGUUUUGAGGCCCUGUCAGAACGAGCCGUCGCAGUCGUCGUCGAUCCAAUACAGAGUGUCAAAGGGAAGGUUGUUAUUGAUGCCUUUAGAUUGAUCAAUGCCAACAUGAUGGUUUUGGGUCAUGAACCAAGACAAACCACAUCCAACCUGGGUCAUCUGAACAAGCCCUCAAUCCAGGCUCUGAUUCACGGACUUAACAGACACUACUACUCCAUCACCAUCAAUUACAGGAAAAAUGAGCUGGAGCAGAAGAUGCUGUUGAACUUGCAUAAGAAGAGCUGGAUGGAGGGUUUGACCCUGCAGGACUACAGUGAACACUGCAAGCUCAAUGAGACCAUUGUCAAAGAAAUGCUGGAGCUGGCCAAGAACUACAACAAGGCUGUUGAAGAAGAGGACAAAAUGACUCCCGAGCAGCUGGCAAUCAAAAAUGUUGGAAAACAGGAUCCCAAGAGGCACUUGGAGGAGCACGUAGAUGUUUUAAUGACAUCCAACAUUGUUCAGUGCCUAGCUGCCAUGUUGGAUACAGUAGUUUUCCAGUAAUGGGCAUGUGUGUGUAUAACUGUUAAUAUUGCAACCCUUGUUUUCUUUUAUAUAAAAUAAAUGUAUGUAUGGGAUUAA